AUGUUCAACUUGGUUCAUGAGAGUAUCUGGGUAGCGAGCCAUAUGACUUUUACGAAGCAUUUUGCUUUAAGCGGCAACAUUGGCGAUAUUGUAGCCAAGGACGACGCUCAAAUGUCAACAGCCCAUCUUCUCGGUAUGCUCACGGGUGUUGGUGUUAUUUCACUUUCCCAUGAACCAGUAUAUCUUUUUGGGGCAUUUGCAUUGCUUACACCCAUAAAUAUCUGGUCCACUAUCAAAAUGCUUCAUGCAGCCGACUUUGAAGUUCUCAACCAAGCCAAGUUGACACUGCUCAGCCGCACAUUCAUCGAUACUGGCAAAGCUGUCGAUUAUAAGGAACUGAAACCUCGAGAAAGUGGCUUCGGCGAAUGGAUCAAACCUGGUGCCCACGGAGCCAUUCGUCUCAAAUUAGGAUGCAGUGCAGAAAAAUCGUUUGCCUCGGUUGCUGAAGUCCAGGAAACGGUAGAUGUGCUAAAGGUAAAUAUGAAUGUGUCACCCGAUGUGAUCCAGUCAAUAUUACAUGCCCUCAAGUUCCAUGAUACCCUUGCGAAGAAAAAUAUUCAAAAAGAAGCAGAUUGGUCGGGUUAUUUGGCUGCGCUGGACGACAGCUUAACUUGGACAAAGCAAAGCGUUUCUACAUUCGAGACAUCUUUAGAGGAGGAUGGCUGGCAAAGCGAAGCUGUUUACUGGAAUGAUGGUGGGGUACGGUUAAGCUGGGAAGGUCACAAGGCAUCAGAAAAAACAUCAUAA